CGUGCUCGUCUGUUCCACUCCCCCGCUCGCUCCUCUUCCCCAGUGCUCGAGCUUCCCCCCUCGCUCGCUCAUCUGCUCCCGUCGUGCCGCUCCUACUCUGCUUGCUUGCCUCUACGCUCGUUGCCGCCACUGUGCCCCGCGUUCCGUGCCCCGUUGGCGAUCUUCGCACUUCGGCUUGCACGCCCGCCCUCGCCAAUUCCUCGACUGAAGCUCCCUUCCCUUCCCUAGCCGAGGUUCCUCCUUCCUCUUAUGACAGUAAAUGAAGGAAGAAGUCACAUUUUGCGAUCUAGCCUCUCCGAUCUACAUUUAAUCGUGUAUAUGUCUCUGCGUCAUCGUUUUCGUUAUAAAAUAGAUAUUCUAGAUCCAAAUAAAGUAAUAUUUGUUUCAUUAGCUCCAUAACCAUGUGCUAAUCAUAUUAAAAUAGCUCUUUUUAAUAGUUAUUUUUUAUGUUUUCUUAUUCAAUUUAAAUAAUGUUUAUUAUAGUUGUUUAAGAAUAGUUUUUCUAAAUAAGAAGUAGAAGGAAAUGUAGCCCAUAUAUCCCUCAAUCAAAAAUAAAAGAUAAUUGAACUAGUUAAUUCUUUCUUUUAUAUAAUGUGAUUUAGUUUUAUAUAUGUGUCUAUAUAUAUAUAUUGCUUAUCAAUAUUAAUUAUGAUAUAGAGUUUUUUUCUAAAUAAAUCUUAAAAUAAAUUAAUUAGUGUUCAUACUUUUGUAAUAAAAUAAUAGAUUAUAUUAUUUGGAUCCAUCUUUCUUAAUAGAAAUAUAGGCUAUGUGUUUUCUAAUAAAAAUAAUGGAUAGUAUGUUGUUUGUUAUUUUAGCAUUAAAAUGUAUAUUAUAGCUUUGCAAUAUAACUAUUUUGGAUCCUCCGUAUGGUUUUCUAAAAAGAAUAAAGUGAUGCGUAUAAUGUUUCUAAUGUUAUAAUCUUCAAUUUAUAUUCUAUUUUAUAAAAACAUAGAGCAAACCCUUUGAGCAUUGUCUAUAUGAUGUAAUAAAAUUUAUUAUUAUCUAUUUACGAUUUGAGCGUUGUUUUUUUAUAUAUUACACUUAUGACAUGAAUACAUAUGGAAAUUGAUCCUCACACAAAGAUACCGUUUGGUUCACGUAGUUAUAACAUAAUGAGUAAAUGAUAAUGUUAAAUCAUAUUUGUUUAACUUCUAUCGUAAUUAGAUACAUUAAGAAUUGAUUUCGACAUAUUCAAACUUAUUACUGCUAGUAGUCGAGUGUGAAUUAUUAUCAUUUACGUUAUAUUUCGUAAACCAAACAAAAUCAAAUAUGUUAUGCAUUCAGUUUUGUGACUAAAAUUGGAUACGAUACUGUGCUUGAUUUAGAUUUUAAAUGUUUGGGUCAACAUGGUUCGACACAAAAUUAUUAAAGAUCGUGUUGGUCCUAAAAUUUUUAUCGGAAAGCACGAUAGAUCGUGUCCGGCCCCCGGUUAACUUUCACGUCCGGAUGCAAAUUCGCCUCGGUCGUUCAACCAAACAAGCUCACUCCCGGCCAUCAGGCGCACACCGCUCUCCCGCCGCCGUCCUGCGUCGGAGCGAUAUCCCUACAUCCCCACCUCAUUUGCACCCGGAUUGGCUUCUUCUUCUACUACUACUGAACUUUUUAUGUGGCUGCAAAGUUCUGUAAUUCUAGAGGAGCAAAAUGGAGAUUAUUAUCAUUAUCUCACUUGUCAUUCUUUUGGCACUAGGAGCUCUCUUUGCGAUCCCAAAAUCGCAAAAUAAAGGUAAAUCAAAAGGAACCGACUUAGGAGCUGGAAUGACAUCUAGGAGCUUUACGAAGGAAGAGAUCUCUAAACAUAACACAAGGAAGGACUGUUGGAUCGUCAUCAAGGACAAGGUCUAUGAUGUCACUCCUUAUGUAGAGGAGCAUCCAGGCGGAGAUGCCAUUCUAAAUAAUGCUGGUGGUGAUUCCACAGAGGGCUUUUUUGGGCCACAGCACGGCACUAGGGUCUUCGAUAUCAUCGAGGAUUUCUGCAUCGGUCAGUUGAAGGCAUAGGGUAGCUUGUAUUGAAUUCGUGGAAUUUUCCGGAAAUCAAGUUUUGAGAAGCUACAUGUUAUCCAACAUUUUAAGCAUUGCAACCUUCAAGCAUUUGAGAUGUCAGUGUAAUUGUUCCACAAUUGUCAUCGGGGCUGCUAGGAGCUGUGAUGUAGCACUGCGUUUUUAUUCUGCUGUUGUGUGACUGUGUCUUUACAUUUCUGUUGUUGGACAAGACUCCAAAACGCUUGUAAUUGUUCUGGCUAAGGGCCCGUUCGGUUAUUCAGGAAUCUACUCCAGAAAGGAUUUCAGCUGGAAUAAUUGUAUAAUUUGUAUAACAAUUAGUAACCUGGAAUAGUUCCUAGUUUUGUUCCAGCCUAACCGAACGGGGCUUAAAUCAGAAUCUGUUUCACACGAUCAUUUCUCGAGUGAUGUUACAUUGAAGAUGUCCCGAGUUUGAUUUUAA